AUGUCAGAAGAAAUAAGUUUCUCGGACUCUUGCGAAAAUAUAUCUCGUAAAACAAUUGUUCUUGACAUCAAUGAUGACGAAAACAAUCCGACACCUCAUUGUUCUCAGGACGUUAACAGGAAAAGAGAAAGAAAAAAAUGUUCAAUGAAAGUAAAGGCCAAUGAUAAAAAUCAACAAAAAACUAAGACUAAGUUUACAAAAUCAAAAACUAUUCCAAAGUCUGACAAAGACAAAAACUCUGUAUUAAAUGGCAUUAAAGAAUUAAUUAUACAAGAAGAGUCACCUGUUGUGGGGUACAUUGCUCAAUCAGAAUUAGAACAAUGCCAGAGUGAAGGAAUUUGUGUUAAAGGUAAUUUUCAAGAUGUUCCACAAAAAGUACCUAAACAGAAAAAGCAGAGACGUAAAUUAAAAGGAAAAGAAAGCCAAGAAUUUGAAUAUGACCUUAAUACAGAAGUUAUAAAGGAUGUUGCAGAAGAAACUACACUUAAAUGUAGAAAAACUUCAAAAACCCCUAAAAAGAAGGAAAUAUUUUUAGAACAUAUUUCUGUAAACAAAGUUCGAGAACUUUUAAUCAAUCAGAAUUCAGGGAAUUUGGAAUAUGUAGAAGGAUAUUUGCGCAUUAAUCCUAACUUUUAUAAACAUGCCUAUUUAAAUUUACCCGAUGAAGAACCAGGUCUACUAAUUGUUGGUUUUGGAGAUAGAAAUCGAGCUUUAGAGGGAGAUAAUGUUGUUGCUCGUAUUAAUCCUCCAGAAAAGUGGCAAGUAUUUUCAGAUGGACAAAAACGGAAGACAGGUGUUAUUGUUUCUAUAUUGGAAAAAAUACAUCCACGAAAGACUAUAGGGUAUUUAAAGCAAGAAGGAGCAUGUUUCGAUUUUUAUCCUAGGGACAAACGUGUACCAUUACUUAGGAUAGAUCCAAAGUCAUUGCCCAAAGGAUUUACUGUACCAGAGAAAGAAACAUUAUUUUUAGCUAGUAUUACAAGAUGGGUGAAACCUCAUUUGACACUCGGGAGAAUUGUAAGAAAAGUUGGAUCUGCAGGUGAAAUAUCUGCAGAAUCAAGUGCAAUAUUACUUGAACGUGGUUUAGAUGUAACACCUUACAAUCAGGAAAUGAUACAAAGUCUUCCAAAUAGAGAUUACCUGUUAACAGAAAAUGACAUUAAAGACAGAGAGGAUUGGAGGAAGGAAUGUGUAUUCACUAUUGAUCCUGAUACUGCCUCUGAUUUAGAUGACGCAGUUUCUUGUAAACUUUUAGAAAAUGAAAACUAUGAAAUUGGUGUACAUAUAGCUGAUGUUACUUAUUAUCUGGAAUUUUCAUCUCCAUUAGAUAAACAGGUUCAGCAACGAGCAACUACUGUUUACAUGACUGAUAAUGUGUACCACAUGCUACCGAAGCAAUUAUGUGAAAUAUGUUCUUUACUACCAGGUCAAGAUAGGCUAGCUUUCUCUCUUAUUUUUGAAAUGACAGCAGAAGGAAAGAUCGUUACCUAUCGUUUCGCUAAAACUAUAAUAAACUCAUGUUGUCAAAUGGCAUAUCAGCAUGCUCAAAAAUUUAUUGAAAGUCCGAAAAAUAAUUGGCCCAAUGACAUGUUAAAUAUAAGGGGAAACUAUAACGUUAACGAUUUAUCUUCUAAAGUGAACAGUUUACAUAAUUUAGCUACUAAAAUGCGUAACAAAAGAUAUGCGAGCGGUGCUUUACAGAUAGACCAACCGAAAUUGUUUGUUACAAUUGACAGAACUACGGGUGAACCGAUAUCUUACAGCAUAGAAGAAAAUAAAGAGAGUAAUAGGCUCAUAGAAGAGUUUAUGUUGCUAACUAAUAUGAUAGUUGCUAAUUUGUUAUACAAUACAAUUCCUGAAACCGCAUUACUGCGUAAUCAUAAAGAGCCUUCAAAGUUUGUUCUGAGUAAAAUCAAAGAUACUCUACAAAAAUUUGGAAUUCAUUUAGAUAUCGAAUCAUCCGGAUCUUUACAUGCUAGCAUCAAACGUUACAAAGAAGACUUAGAAUCAGAAUCUAAUGACUCCAAAGCCACGAUGAAGUAUAGGAUGAUGGUUAUCAACAAUCUUUGUGCUAAAGCUAUGACUCGCGCGACUUACAACUGUUCGUCAAUCUUUAAAACAGAGAACGAACUGAGACAUUACGCCUUAAAUGUAGAUUUUUAUACGCAUUUUACUUCUCCCAUUAGACGAUACGCCGAUUGCGUGGUGCAUCGAUUACUUCAUUCUAUUAUAAAAAACGAGGCUCUGCCGAAAGAAUGGUCAGAACAACUAUGUAUGAAAAUAGCGGCAAAUUGUAAUUUGAAAAAGUACAACGCGAAACUGGCUCAGGAGCAAAGUAGUGAAUUAUACCUUACUUAUUUAGUAAAUUUAAAUGGUCCUUUUGUUACCAUGGGUAUUGUAACGGACGUAAAAGAAACAAAUAUGGAUGUAAUACUGUGUCAAAUGGGCAUAAAAUUAAGGAUUCAUUUGGAAAAUUUAAAAGAUGUAGCAAAAGUUGAAUAUUCUACGGAAUGUACGGUUCCAAAUUUAAGUAUUAGAUGGAAUCAACAUGCUGCUGUCACUCAGGUAAUCAAUAUUUUUACUUUAUUAUAUUUGAGAAUUGAAAAACAUCCUGAUUCCUUUCGGCUAAUGGGAACCCCUGUACCAUCAUAUCAGGCGGUAGAGGUACAAGAAAAAUAA